CUGCGUCUCGACGCCAAAGUGGCCCGAACUUUUGGCGGUUCAGUCCGCCGCCGCCGCCGACGUUUGCACCGGGGGGGUUCCGUGCGACACGACAACACUACGUGCUGGGAACAACGCGUGAACCGCCGCCGCGUGCGCAAAAGUCUCGCAUUUCGAAGAAUUUAAAUAUUAACAACAACAAGAACAACAACAAAAAACAAACAAAUAAAAAUAUAAUUAAUAACAGACGAAUUUAAUCCAAACCGAUGACAAUUUAAAUUAACUCGUAGUUUAACAAUUAACAGCAGUUGUUCUUUUUUUUCUAAAUAAGAAAAAUUAAAUUUUAAACUUUUUUGUACGUUAAAUUAUGUUUGAGCAUCUGGGGUUAAUUGGAUGGUGCCCCAACUGGUUUCACGAUUUUCUAAAAACCUUUUAGAUGAAGGGGCUGAACGAGAAAUGGCAAUGAAUGGAAGUGAAGUGGUGUAUCUAUCUGGGGGUUUGGAGCUGGUGAAUGGAGGCAGCAGCAACAGCGGAAUUGCGGAGGUGAAUUGGACGAACGGUUCGGAUCCGGAGAGGGAUGCUUGGGAACAGUGGAGCUCUUUAAUGCAGGAUCGUGCGGUCGUCGUCUCGCUGCUCCUGCUCUUCUCCCUGGCCACGGUCUUCGGUAAUAUGCUUGUAAUCAUAGCCGUAUACAGAGAGAGAUACUUGCACACUGCUACCAAUUACUUCAUCACCUCUUUGGCCUUUGCGGAUUGUCUGGUCGGGCUUGUUGUGAUGCCAUUCAGCGCUCUGUACGAGGUGCUCGAGCACACGUGGUUCUUCGGGCCCGACUUGUGCGAUAUCUGGAGAUCGCUUGACGUGCUCUUCAGCACCGCGAGCAUCCUGAAUCUGUGCGUGAUCUCUCUGGACCGGUACUGGGCCAUCACAGAUCCCAUCACCUAUCCGAUGAAGAUGACACGUUUCCGGGCCGCUUUGCUCAUCGCCGCCGUCUGGGUCUGCUCCAGCGCGAUUUCUUUCCCUGCGAUCGCGUGGUGGAGGGUCGUACGCACCGAACCAAUUGCAGCCUACAAGUGCCCUUUCACCGAAAACUUAGAAUACCUCAUUUUCUCCUCCACGAUAUCCUUCUAUCUUCCUCUCUCCUUGAUGGUGUUCACUUACUACAGGAUUUACCGGGCCGCAGUCGAGCAGACGAAAUCUCUUCGACUCGGCACCAAGCAGAUCUUGCUCGGACCGCAGAUGGAGCUCACUCUGAGGAUACACAGAGGAGGUGGUACUUGCAAGCUGCCGACGGCCGAAUCUCGCACCCUGUAUCCGCAGGAGGAUGAGCCUUUGACGGCUUUGCAGAAUAACGGCUUGAAUCGAAUGGGUCCCAACAGCAACAAGAACUUCUCGCUCAGCAGGAAACUAGCCAAAUUCGCCAAGGAAAAGAAAGCUGCUAAAACCUUAGGCAUCGUGAUGGGAGUCUUCAUAGUCUGCUGGUUACCAUUCUUCGUCGUCAACCUCCUUUCCGGCUUCUGCUUACAAUGCAUCUGGCACGAGGAGAUCGUCCUGGCAAUUGUCACGUGGCUCGGAUGGAUCAACUCCUGCAUGAAUCCUGUCAUCUACGCCUGCUGGAGCAGGGACUUCAGAAG